CGAUUCGAUCUUUUGCAAAAAGUUCUCAAGGAGUUAAGUGAUUUCAUUUUUAGUUUGGAAAAAGGUGAAAAUUCUUUCAACUGUUGUAACAUCUCGGUAUACGGUUCGCUAUCAGUGGUUCAGUGAGUACAAUGGCUGACCAGCAAAUAAGCACGGUAACAACCACUGUGGAUAAUUCAACUGCAGGCACGGUUGAACAACGCGAAACACUAAAGAAUGGUGAAACGGCGACAUCGGCCGAUAGCGGCAAAGGGGCUGCUAAGGGCAAGAGGAAAAAGAAGAACAAAAACCUAAACGAAUCAGCCUCUAGUCAGGAAGAUGGAACUGGCGAUAGUGGGAGUGCCGUAUUUUCUACGGCCAAAGGCAACGAAUCUGUGGCAGCAUUGCCUGGCUCUGGACAAAUUACCAGUCAAGAUGUGCUUAUGAAUGUAAUUGAGCAGCUAAAAUUGAGUUCCCUUAAGCCGGCAAAAACUCCGGAGGAAGCCUUUAAUAAGAGCUUUAAAUUCUGGUCGACCCAGCCGGUGCCUAAAAUGGACGAAAAAAUUGUAGUCAACGAACCGAUAGAGGCGGAUAAGCCAAUCAGUGAAAUACGGGCCGAUCCGUAUACGCUGCCUGAUGGCUUUACUUGGGAUACGAUGAAUCUCAAUGAUCCGCUACAGCUGAAGGAAUUGUACACCUUGCUAAACGAGAACUACGUCGAGGACGACGAUGCCAUGUUCCGGUUCGAUUAUCAGCCGAAUUUUCUGCAGUGGGCUCUGCAGCCACCCGGUUGGCGUGCGGAAUGGCACUGUGGCGUUCGGGUGGUUAAAUCCGGCCGUCUGGUAGGUUUCAUUUCGGCCAUCCCGGGAACUCUAAAUGUACAUCAGAAAACUCAAAAAAUGGUCGAGAUUAAUUUCCUUUGCGUGCACAAGAAGCUGCGCUCGAAACGGCUGGCUCCGGUGCUGAUCAGAGAGAUUACCAGAAGAGUUAACCUUACAGGUAUCUUCCAAGCGGUUUAUACGGCCGGCGUUGUCCUGCCGAAACCGGUCGCUUCUUGCCGCUACUGGCAUCGUUCGUUGAACCCAAAAAAGCUGGUUGAGGUAAAAUUCUCGCACAUUUCCCGCAAUAUGACUAUGCAGCGUACGAUAAAACUGUACAAACUGCCGGACCAUCCGAAAACACCAGGUUUUCGAAAGAUGCGUGAGGCAGACCUCAAAGGGACUCAUCGUUUGCUAGAACGAUAUCUUACGUCAUUUAAUCUGACACCCGUAUUCGACGAAGACGAGUUCCGACAUUGGUUCUCUCCACAGGACGGAAUAAUUGACUGUUUCGUAGUGGAAGACCCGACCAGUGGGGAAAUCACUGACAUGGUUAGCUACUACACGCUGCCUUCCACUGUUAUGCAUCAUGCUGUACACAAGUGCGUCAAAGCAGCGUACAGCUUUUACAACGUCUCGACCAAGACACCGUUACUGGACCUAAUGAACGACGCGCUCAUUUCGGCUCGUAACCUCAACUUCGAUGUGUUCAAUGCGCUCGAUCUGAUGGAGAAUCGCGAUUUUCUGGUGCCGCUGAAGUUCGGCAUCGGCGACGGUAACUUGCAGUACUAUCUGUACAACUGGCGCUGUCCGACUAUGCAUCCGGAGUAUGUCGGUCUGAUUCUGUUGUAAAUCGCUCGGAUCGGCUGGUGUUGGCUGGUGACGGGACAAACUUUGUCGAUACGGACCAAAGCCGAAGGUAGCGAAGCGCGAGUACGAGGUUCCAGUCUGGCAAAACGGCCGAGCUUUUUUUCGCUGUGUAUUCUUUAUUUUUCGGAUGUUCAAUAUUAUUUGUCUCUUUUUUUUUAAUCUAAACUCAUCAAAAGUUUAAUGCAGACUUCGUACGAUAAACUGUAUAGUAAUGGCUCCUAUAUAUUUAUGUUGCUAGUUUGCAUAAUGUUAUAUAAUGAAGGAUUAGGGAUAUUUCUCUGAAUAACAUACAUAAUAGUGUAGCUUACUUCGUGUCUA